CUUCAACUGAAGCCUGGAGCGCCUGGUGGUUACCCGGGCAACCAGGUUCCUCUCGCCACCUCCCGCCAGAGCAAGCCGGGAAAGGGCGGCGGCCUCGCCUCUCCCACUCCGGAAGCGAGCGAGAGACGCCGGCGAGAGAGGAGUCGCGAUGCUGGUUGGCGCAGAGGCGGAGAUUCUGCUGCAACAAGCCACUCGGAAGCGGCUGGAGAAGUUCGCUCAGCUAAGAGGUAAAAUUGUACCAACUGGAGAAUUCUGGGAUGUGGUUGUAAUAACAGCACUUGACAAAAAACAGGAAAUUGCAUACCAGCAACAGUUAUCAGAAAAACUGAAGAGAAAGGAACUACCUCUUGGUGUUCAUUACCAUGUUUUUGUUGAUCCUCCUGGACCAAAACUUGGAAAUGGUGGAUCCACACUUCAUGUCCUUCAGUGCUUGGAAGAACAUUAUGGUGAUAAAUGGGAUUCUCUUACUGUCAUACUAAUCCACUCUGGUGGCUAUAGUCAACGUUUACCUAAUGCAAGUGCCUUGGGAAAAAUUUUCACAGCUUUGCCUUUUGGAGACCCCGUUUAUCAGAUGCUGGAUUUAAAACUGGCAAUGUAUAUUGAUUUUCCCAUCCAAAUGAAUCCAGGUGUUUUGAUUACUUGUGCAGAUGAUAUUGAACUUUAUAAUAUUGGAGAAUCAGACUUCAUCAGGUUUGAUCAGCCUGGAUUUACUGCAUUAGCUCAUCCUUCCAGUUUGACCAUUGGUAUGACUCAUGGUGUAUUUGUAUUGGAGCCAUCUUCUCAUUUGACAGAAAAGAGACAACUUGAAUACCGGUCUUGUAAUCGUUUCCUGCAUAAGCCUAGCAUUGAGAGCAUGCAUCAGUCUGGAGCAGUAUGUUUAAUGAGUCAGUCAUCUCCUUCUGAAGGGAUGGGAGACUCAACACUGAACUCUGAGUUUGUGUAUACAGAUAGUCUGUUUUACAUUGAUCACGCCACUUCAAAACUGUUGUUGACAUUGUAUAAACAAAUAGGCAAGCUUUGCUGUGAAAUAGAUGCCUACGGUGACUUUCUGCAGGCACUGGGACCUGGAGCAACACUGGAUUAUGUUAAAAACAUAGAAAAUGUCUCGAAAGAAGAAUCAUGUCUAGUGGAAAUCAGGGAGAAAAUAUUUAGGCUUCUAAAAGGAUUGCCUCUCAAUGUUAUACUGUUAAAUAACUCCAAAUUCUAUCACAUAGGGACUACACACGAGUACUUGUUUCAUUUAACUUCUGAUAGAAAGCUGCAAUGUGAAAUGGGUUUGCUUCCGACCAUUUUCAGCAUCUGUCCAAAGAGUGCAGAAGAUUUGGAGAAAUCAGCAUGUAUUAUUCAUAGCAUACUCAGUCCCAUGAGUUGUGUAGCACAGGGCUCAUUAGUCGAGUACUCCAGGCUGGGAUCCGAGGUUUCUGUGGGAACUAACAGUAUCAUCAGUGGUUGUUGUAUCGAUACAAAAGCACACAUACCACCAAACACAUUCAUAACAACACUAAGCAUGAGGAUUGAUGGAGAACUAAUGUAUGCAAGCAUGGUGUUUGGUAUAGAAGACAACUUGAAAAAGAAUGUAACAAAGUUGUCAGAUGUGCACUUACUUCAUUACUUCGGAGUCAACCUUGGAGAAUGCUUAGAGCUCUGGGGCCUGAGAGUUUCAGACCAGCUCUUUUCUGGUCACAAGUCAGCUUUAGGUUUAUGGACAGUUCGGAUUUUCCCUGUUUGCUCCACUCUAAGUGAUUCGGUGGAAGUGUCAUUAAGGAUUUUAAACUCUGUGAAGAACAUGUCACCUUUUCAGCUGGGUGGCUUGAAGCUAUUGUCUGUUGAAGAAAUGCUUUGCUACAAAGACAUAGAAGACAUGUUGAAGUUCAGGCAGCAACUUUACGAAGAAAUCACUCUGCAGAGAUUGAAACAGAAAUCUGAUUUGUAA